AUGGUCAUUACUACAGUUCCUCAGCCUCGGGACACGUAUCUGCUCUGGAAACGAUUCAGCUUUCCAGGCGAGCAUGGACCCAUUAGUGCCUUCGCCGUCCCGGCUCGGGUCGCCAAGCAGCUCACCUCCGCCUAUUCUGUCAUGUUGACGAUUCUUAUGGCCCAAGUUUGGACCAUCAUCAUUGCUCUUUUCUUAUACUAUCUCUUAAAAUGGCGGAGAAAGAAGAAUGGAGAAAGCAAUUCGUUCCAUCCGCUCGUACCGAUUUUAUGGAACAACAGAGGCGGACUUGUUGGCUCUUUCAUGGAAACUUUCAAGUACACCAGAGCAGACUCAGACAAAAUUCGCCUUUGGAUGAUUGGUAUCCUCUUCCUGGUCCUCAUAGCAUGGAUCGGGCAGACUACAUUAUCCAUCAUCGUCCCUCCCCUAAUUAUUCUCAACAACACAGCCCCAGUCAACCCGAAUGCGGUGUAUGUUCCAAAAAAACUAGAUGGCAAUCCUUCAACCGCAGCAAAAUAUGUCUUGGAAGUCCCGUCAGCCCUGCGAGCGGUUGGUAGUACCGGCUCUUCCAAGGAAAUAAUUGGUCAGAGAGUGAUGAUAACUCCUCCGGAGACACUGGGUGAAACUCGCGACGGCGAGUCCAUCAUCAGCAUGAGUUACGGUUAUCAUGUUACCGGAGCAGAUUUUGGGCUGCAAAGAUACCCAGAGCUGAGGUUGAGUGUCAACGGCUCUUGCAUUACUGAUUAUCGACUUUUCGUGGAGACGACUGUCGAUGAUUCCUAUAAUGUUGACUGGUACACUAUUUUCAAUACAAACCAGUCGGCUUCACUUUAUGAUGGUCGGGAACCCGUUGCUUCUUUCUUUCCAGGCAACAGCUCAAUCAAAGGCACCCUCGAGACCAGCAACGCCACAUGGGUCGCGCUCAUAUCUUCUACCCAAAGAAGUAGCUUUACCGUGGGUACCGAUCCAUGGUAUCUCACCGAUCCGGUUCCAAACCCAACUAUUGAUACUGCCUAUGUAGUACGCAGUGCGAGGCCUGUAUUAUCCUGUUGGGAAGACAAUGUGUGGUCAUAUAAAGGCCAAACCAGCACGGUCUUGGGACUCAAUAACAGUUCACUUCCUGGUCUUGAUCUUUCGCUGGGCGUGCAACUUAUCUUUUCAGCUCACCUCGCCCAACCAAUGAUCUUAAAUGUAGCCACACACCUUGGGCCAUCAGCGCUACUAUCUACAACCACCGCCGUCGGCCAGUCCUUUGAUGCCGGCGCCAGCAGCAUACAAAAUGACUUAACACGUCUUAUUCAAGCUGCAUUCAUUGCUACCUCCAAUGUGCUGACUGAUACAACACUAUAUCCGCCCAAUUCUGAUGAUAAAUUGGCAAAUUGGGUCGAAGGCUUAAUCGGCACUGGUGAUUUCGUUGUCUGGAGUCCCAAUGCCUCAGCACUGUCGAUGAAAGUGCUUGUAACCAUUCCCAGUCUCCUCGCAGGCGUGUGGCUGCUUGCUACUCUGCUCUUAUUUUUAACUCCUGUUCAGAUAAUUAAUGGUUUAGACUCUGGCAUUAUGUUUGCAUUCAUCAAAGGAGAGUUUCCAGCCUUUGGCCCAGCACGUCAUGAGAAAUCUGGGGUGGUUUGGCAAGCGCCCUCGAAAAACUCUGAUAAAAAGCCAGAAGAAAAUUUAGAUGUAGAGAAAGGCUCUCAAUCAAUGGGAAACGAUAAAAAGUGGCCGAUACAAGAGACCACAGUUCCGAUAACGUCGAUCGAUUCAGCGAGUGAUCAGAAUGGGGAAGUUGGUGACUGAUGAGGUUCCAUAAUGGUCAUGCAGGAAACUCUUUCCUAAAUUUUCUCACCUCGCUUUAAUUGAAGCAGCGGAAAGAUGUUUAUGCAAAUCUAAGGGGGUUAGAUUAUUUAUCCCAGCCUCACAAUGGAGACUUGAAUACUACAAUAGACAAUGACAUAUUGGAUUCGG